ACCAUAGGAAACUUUCGAGCAUCACGAGUUUUAAUGGUGUUUGGAAAAAUAUUACUCAACCCAACUUGAACUUUAACGUUACUAUCCAAUCUCGCUUCUUCGCUACUUCUCUACCACGCUCCUUUUCACCAUCUUCAGUAAACUUCGAUAUACCAUUCACUCAUGACGAGGAUAUUAAUCAUGCCUACAUCAAAUUUGUUAAUUUGGAGGGUAUGCUGGAAGGAAUCCGACCGUUAAAAGAAGUGUUAAAGUCUUUCGACAGAAAUGAGUAUUGGUUGGUGGAGGUGGAUUCACAUUCCAAUCCGCCGGUGUGUAAACUUUUGAGCAAACGAACCUAUUUUAAAAAGCGAAAGGAGUUGAAGUCGAAACCCAACAUACCAAAGCCGAAUACCAAAGAAUUACAAAUACAUUGGAAGGUGGAAGAGCAUGAUUUAAAUCAUAUGAUCAAACGAACAAAAGGUUGGCUGAUGAAAGGAUAUAACGUAUCAAUCACCAUUUCGUAUAAGGGAUUGCAAAAGAAAAAAUGGGAACAAAAUAAAUCGAUUCUAGAUAAAAUCUAUAAUGAACUGAAACAGUGCCCAGGAGAUAUGAAGGAACCAAGGUGGUUAGGUACAACAGUUUUUAUAGAUAUCAUGGGUGAUCGAAGCACCAAGAGAGUCGAGGAAGAAGAAACAUUGAAAAGACGCGAUAAAGAGCGUGAUCGAGAUUUCUACUAG